AUGAACGAUUUAAAAAAUAUACAAGAAUUUAAAAUUAAUGAAGAUAAUUUGAAAUACGGGCUUUCUACAUUGCAUGCGUGGAUCAAUUUUUUGAAAUGCAUUUUAAAUAUUUCAUAUAAAUUAAAUAUCCACGAAUCAACUAGUCGCAUGUCUAAAGAAGAGAAGGGGAAAGUUUUACAACAAAAAAAAAAUAUUCAACAAACAUUUUGGAAUGAUAUGGGGAUAAAAGUUGAUAAAAUAGUACAAGGUCAGGGUACAUCGAAUACUGGGAAUGUAGCAAGGAGAUUUUUUAAAAAUGCAGAAAUGUCGUCAAAAAUAACAGGUGUUGAUUUAAAUCUAAUUAAAAAAUUAGGUGAUAUAUUAAUUGCAAUAUCUAGUGGAUAUGAAAUUAAUUUUGAGUCAUUUGAUGAAUAUUGUAAAGAAACAGCCGAAUUAUACAUUGAGUUGUAUAAUUGGUAUCGCAUGCCUCCAAGUAUGCAUAAAAUUUUGUUACAUGGUUCUAUUGUAAUAAAACAUGCACUUGUACCAAUAGGAUUAUUAUCUGAAGAAGCCCAAAAAGCAUGUAAUAAAAAUUAUAAAAAUUUUAGGGAAAAUCAUACUCGCAAAAUAUCAAGACUAAGUACCAAUACUGACUUAAUGCAUGCUCUAUUGAUUAGUUCAGACCCAGAGAUAUCUUCUAAGCGAAACAUUUUGAAAACACCAUUUACAGAAUUACCAUCCUCGGUAAAACAAUUAAUAAUUACAGAAAACGAUGAAGAAACAGAAGAUUCAGACGUAUGUUCUGAUUCAGAAUAA